AUGGCGGGAGCAUCCGUGAAGGUGGCAGUGCGCGUCCGGCCCUUCAACUCACGGGAGAUGAGCCGGGAAUCUAAAUGCAUUAUACAGAUGUCAGGAAGCACCACCACUAUCCUGAACCCGAAGCAGCCCAAAGAGACACCAAAAAGCUUCAGCUUUGACUAUUCCUACUGGUCCCACACCACGCCCGCAGACAUCAACUAUGCAUCUCAGAAGCAAGUGUACCGGGACAUUGGGGAGGAGAUGUUGCAACACGCCUUCGAAGGCUAUAACGUCUGCAUCUUUGCCUAUGGGCAGACGGGUGCUGGAAAAUCCUACACCAUGAUGGGGAAGCAGGAGAAGGAUCAGCAAGGCAUCAUCCCGCAGCUGUGCGAGGACCUCUUCUCCCGCAUCAAUGACACAACGAAUGACAACAUGUCGUACUCUGUGGAGGUGAGCUACAUGGAGAUAUACUGUGAGCGCGUGAGGGACCUCCUGAACCCCAAGAACAAGGGGAACCUGCGGGUGAGGGAGCAUCCCCUUAUGGGCCCGUACGUUGAGGACCUUUCCAAGCUGGCUGUGACCUCCUACAAUGACAUCCAGGAUCUCAUGGACUCUGGGAACAAGGCCCGCACGGUGGCUGCCACCAACAUGAACGAGACCAGCAGCCGCUCCCACGCUGUGUUCAACAUCAUCUUCACACAGAAGCGGCAUGACGCUGAGACGGACAUCACCACGGAGAAGGUCAGCAAAAUCAGUUUGGUGGACCUGGCAGGGAGUGAGCGAGCCGACUCCACUGGUGCAAAGGGCACAAGACUAAAGGAAGGAGCAAACAUCAACAAGUCCUUGACCACACUGGGGAAAGUCAUCUCUGCCUUGGCCGAAAUGGAUUCGGGGCCGAACAAGAACAAAAAGAAGAAGAAAACGGAUUUCAUCCCCUACCGGGACUCAGUACUGACCUGGCUGCUGCGGGAGAACCUGGGUGGCAACUCCAGGACGGCCAUGGUCGCUGCUCUCAGUCCUGCCGAUAUCAACUAUGAUGAGACCCUCAGCACCCUCAGGUACGCUGACCGUGCCAAGCAGAUUCGCUGCAAUGCCGUCAUCAACGAGGACCCCAACAACAAGCUCAUUCGGGAGCUGAAGGACGAGGUGGCACGCCUACGUGACCUUCUCUAUGCCCAAGGCCUCGGGGACAUCAUUGACACCCAUCCUGCUGCGGAAGGAUCCAAAUUGACGAAUGCCAUCGCCGGGAUCAGCCCCUCUUCCUCCCUGUCGGCCUUGUCCAGCCGUGCCGCCUCCGUCGCCAGCCUCCACGAGCGCAUCAUGUUUGCUCCAGGCAGUGAAGAAGCGAUCGAAAGGCUCAAGGAAACAGAGAAGAUCAUCGCGGAGCUGAACGAGACAUGGGAGGAGAAGCUGCGGAGGACGGAAGCAAUCCGGAUGGAGAGGGAAGCGUUGCUGGCUGAAAUGGGGGUGGCCAUGAGGGAGGAUGGAGGCACCUUGGGUGUUUUCUCUCCUAAAAAGACGCCCCACUUGGUCAACCUGAACGAGGACCCGCUCAUGUCCGAGUGUCUUCUCUACUACAUCAAGGAUGGGAUAACAAGGGUUGGCCGGGAAGAUGCAGAGAAGAGGCAGGACAUCGUUCUCAGCGGGCACUUCAUUAAGGAAGAGCACUGCCUUUUCCGCAGCGACACCAAAACUGGUGGUGAAGUAAUAGUGACCCUGGAGCCCUGUGAAGGUGCUGACACCUAUGUGAACGGCAAAAAGGUGACAGAGCCCAGCGUCCUGCGCUCAGGAAACCGCAUCAUCAUGGGGAAGAGCCACGUCUUCCGCUUCAACCACCCCGAGCAGGCUCGGCAGGAGCGGGAGCGGACCCCAUGCGCUGAGACCCCCGCCGAGCCUGUGGAUUGGGCUUUCGCUCAAAGAGAGCUGCUGGAGAAGCAGGGCAUUGACAUGAAGCAGGAGAUGGAGCAGCGGCUCCAGGAACUGGAGGACCAGUACCGGAGGGAGCGGGAGGAGGCGAAUUACCUUCUUGAGCAGCAGAGGCUGGACUAUGAGAGCAAAUUGGAGGCUUUGCAGAAGCAGAUGGACUCUAGGUAUUACCCUGAGGCAAAUGAGGAAGAGGAAGAACCUGAGGAUGAAGUGCAGUGGACAGAGCGGGAGUUCGAGCUGGCCCUCUGGGCCUUUAGGAAGUGGAAGUGGUACCAGUUCACCUCCCUGCGCGACCUGCUCUGGGGCAACGCCAUCUUCCUCAAGGAAGCCAAUGCUAUCAGCGUGGAGCUGAAGAAGAAGGUCCAGUUCCAGUUCGUGCUCCUCACAGACACGCUGUACUCGCCUCUCCCUCCCGACCUGCUGCCUCCUGAUGCCGCCAAGGACCGGGAGAAGCGGCCAUUCCCCCGGACCAUCGUGGCCGUAGAGGUGCAGGACCAGAAGAAUGGGGCGACGCAUUAUUGGACCCUGGAGAAGCUGAGGCAACGCCUGGACCUGAUGCGUGAAAUGUAUGACCGUGCAGCAGAAGUGCCUUCUAGCGUCAUCGAGGACUGCGACAAUGUGGUGACCGGCGGAGAUCCUUUCUACGACCGCUUCCCCUGGUUCAGGCUGGUCGGCAGUUCAGAUAUCUCUGGCUGCAACAGCUCUCCUCUUUUCAACACAUGCAUGAGCGAGCGCAUGGCUGAUCUCACCCCCUCCCCUACCUUCUCGAACCCCGACUCCGACAUCACCGAGCCUGCUGACGAGCAGCACCAGGGGCAGGAGGAGGCGGAGGACCUGGAGGAAGACAUCUUUCCGGAGUGCCCGCUGUGUGAUGGCCGGGAUCCGUUUUACGACCGCUCCCCCCUGUUCAGUUUAGUAGGAAGGGCUUUCGUCUACCUGAGCAACCUCCUCUACCCCGUGCCCCUGGUCCACCGCGUGGCCAUCGUCAGCGAGAAGGGUGAGGUGAAGGGCUUCCUGCGUGUGGCCGUCCAGGCCAUCUCAGCGGAUGAGGAAGCCCCCGACUACGGCUCCGGUGUGCGGCAGUCAGGGACGGCCAAGAUAUCCUUCGAUGACCAGCACUUUGAGAAGUUCCAGUCGGAGUCAUGCCCAGCUGUGGGGAUGUCUCGCUCGGGGACCUCCCAGGAGGAGCUGCGCAUCGUCGAAGGCCAGGGGCAGGUCAGCGACGUGGGUCCCUCCGCUGAUGAAGUCAACAACAACACCUGCGCAGUGACCCCAGAAGACCUUCUCCUGGACAGCCCAGAGAAGCCUGUGCCAGACGGGCCACUGGAGGCGGCUCUGGACCACCUGAAGCUGGGCAGCAUCUUCACUUUCCGUGUGACAGUCCUGCAAGCCUCCAGCAUCUCCGCAGAAUAUGCAGACAUCUUCUGCCAGUUCAACUUCAUCCAUCGCCACGAUGAGGCCUUUUCGACAGAGCCCUUGAAGAACACGGGACGGGGGCCACCACUGGGUUUCUAUCACGUCCAAAACAUUGCUGUGGAGGUGACCAAGUCCUUCAUUGAAUACAUCAAGAGCCAGCCGAUUGUAUUUGAAGUCUUCGGGCACUACCAGCAGCACCCCUUCCCACCUCUCUGCAAGGAUGUCCUGAGCCCGCUGAGGCCAUCCCGGCGUCACUUCCCCCGUGUGAUGCCGCUCUCCAAACCAGUGCCUGCGACAAAGCUGAGCACCAUGACUCGGCCCAGUGCCGGCCCGUGCCAGUGCAAGUACGACCUGAUGGUCUUUUUUGAGAUCUGUGAGCUGGAAGCCAACGGCGACUACAUCCCUGCCGUCGUGGACCACCGUGGAGGCAUGCCAUGCCAUGGGACUUUCCUCCUCCACCAGGGCAUCCAGAGGAGAAUCACCGUCACCUUGGUGCAUGAAACAGGCAGCCUCAUCCGCUGGAAGGAAGUGAGGGAGCUAGUUGUGGGUCGGAUCCGGAACACCCCAGAAGCAGAUGAGUCUCUCAUCGACCCCAACAUCCUAUCCCUGAACAUCCUCUCCUCAGGGUACAUCCACCCCUCACAGGAGGACCGGACUUUCUACCAGUUUGAGGCAGCGUGGGAUAGCUCCAUGCACAACUCUCUGCUGCUUAACCGUGUCACCCCAUACCGGGAGAAAAUCUACAUCACCCUUUCUGCCUACAUCGAGAUGGAGAACUGCACUCAGCCCGCCGUCAUCACCAAAGACUUCUGCAUGGUUUUCUACUCCCGGGAUGCCAAGCUUCCUGCCUCCCGCUCCAUCCGCAACCUUUUUGGCAGCGGCACCCUGCGGGCUUCCGAGAGCAACCGCGUGACAGGAGUCUAUGAACUCAGCCUCUGCCGUGUGGCCGAUGCCGGCAGCCCAGGCAUGCAGAGACGGCGCCGGCGUGUACUGGACACCUCUGUAGCCUACGUGCGGGGAGAGGAGAACCUGGCUGGCUGGCGGCCCCGCAGCGACAGCCUCAUCCUUGACCAUCAGUGGGAGCUGGAGAAACUCAGCCUCCUGCAAGAAGUGGAGAAGACUAGGCACUACCUGCUCCUGCGUGAGAAGCUGGAGACAACCCAGCGCCUGGGCCUGGAGACCCUCUCCCCCUGCUCCAGUGAGGACUCCGAGUCCCGAAGCACCUCCAGCAUCUCCUCCCCGCUCUCUGUCGACGGGGCCCCUGAGGGCCGCAUCUCUCCCACUGAGACCCCCAGUGAGAGGCAGAAGGAGCUGGCUGUGAAGUGCUUGCGCCUGCUCACGCACACCUUCAACAGGGAGUACAGCCACAGCCAUGUCUGCAUUAGCGCCAGCGAGAGCAAGCUGUCUGAAAUGUCCGUGACCCUAAUAAGAGACCCCUCCAUGCCAGCUCUGGGGGUCACCACUCUCACCCCCUCCUCGACCUGCCCGUCACUGGUGGAAGGACGCUACAACGCCAUGGAGGUCAGACCCCCCCAGAUCUCCUCCAGGGCGGAGAGCCCUGACCUGGAGCCUGCAGUAGAAGGAGAGCAGAAGAAGUCCCCGGCCCGCCGGCCUGAGGAGGAGAAGGAGCCCCAGCGUUUGCUGGUGCCUGACAUCCAGGAGAUCCGGGUCAGCCCCAUCGUCUCCAAAAAGGGCUACUUGCACUUCCUGGAGCCCCACACCAACGGGUGGGUGAAGCGCUUUGUGGUGGUCCGGCGCCCGUACGUCUACAUCUACAACUCGGACAAGGACGCGGUUGAGAGGGCCAUACUCAACCUUUCCAAGGCCCAGGUGGAGUACAGCGAGGACCAGCAGGCCAUGCUCAAGACCCCGAACACGUUUGCGGUGUGCACGGAGCACCGGGGCAUCCUGCUGCAGGCAAGCAGCGACAAGGACAUGCACGACUGGCUCUACGCCUUCAACCCCCUCCUGGCUGGGUCCAUAAGAUCCAAGCUGUCCAGAAGGAGAACAGCCCAGAUGAGAAUCUAACCUGAAAAACACCCUCCACCUCAUCCAUCUGCCAACAGGAUAAGAUAGCUGAUUCUGUCUCAAGACUCCCCAUGUUAACGUCUGAUCUCUCACACCAUCUGCUGCCCCAGCUGUCUGCUCCAUGGAAGGAUCUGUCUCGAUUCACAUCUUCACGGGGGAAACUCACUUCCGUUCGUAGCUGCAAAAGCCUGGACCCACCUGGGCAGGAUUUCUCAUGCGCAUGCCAUCUUCUGCCUGUCCCCCCAUGGGUGACCUUCAUGUCACACCAUCUGUAACGCUCUAGAAAGGUCCCUGUUAGAGGGGAGGGAGCGAGGAGGGCGGUUUCGGCUAAAAGCUGGUCUUUGAUCUACAGAGGUGGGAGUGCGGUAGAGCUUGGAGGUGGAAGAGCAGGAGGAAUUGCCUCCACGUGAAGGGAAAGUGGUAGUUUAGGUAUGGGGAUUUCCUAGUUUAUUGAUGUUUCUGCAAGAGAUGGCAGGGUAAGAUCAGGUGUCGGUAGUUUAAGAUGAUAUUUAUAAAGUAUUUAUUUCUAUUUACGUCACAAAAAUCCCAUAAGUUGGGUCCUGGCCCCCAGACAACACCUCCCCCAGGCAGGGGAGAGCCUUGGC